AUGGUCGGCAAGGACUGCGUCGCCAUUGCCUGCGAUCUCCGCCUCGGCCUCCAGGCGCUGACCGUGUCCAACAACUUUCCCAAAAUCUUCCAGUACGGCGACGUUUUCCUAGGCCUGACUGGCCUCGCCACCGACGUCAGCACCGUCAGCGACCUCUUCCGGUACAAGGUCAACAUGUACCGCCUGCGAGAGGAGCGCGACAUUGCGCCGCGCACCUUUGCCAAUCUUGUCUCCUCAUCCCUCUACGAGCGCCGCUUCGGCCCAUACUUCAUCUCGCCCGUCGUCGCGGGCCUCGAUCCCAAAACUGGAAAGCCGUUCAUCUGCGGCUUUGAUAGCAUAGGCUGUAUUGACUUUGCCAAGGACUUCAUCGUCGCUGGCACCGCCUCGGAUCAGCUCUUUGGCAUGUGCGAGGGUCUUUACGAGCCUGACCUAGAACCUGAUGCGCUCUUCGAGACAAUUUCUCAGGCGCUAUUGUGUGCUGUUGAUAGAGAUGCCUUGUCCGGCUGGGGUGCACAUGUGUACAUUAUUGAAAAGGGGAAGAUUACCAAGAGAUUACUAAAGGGCCGCCAGGAUUAA